UUUUUGAGAUGAGAAAUUUGUAUUGGUUUGUAUCAAAUUUCUCUUGGGGACAGAAAAUUUUAGCUUUCAUCUGUCAAAUACUCUCCUGAAAUAGUAUAUGGUGUUGCCUUGGUGGGAAAUAACUUCUGUAGAUGGGUAGCAGUUUAGCUUUAACUGGAAUAUUUGUUGAAGGGAAUAAGUUGAAAUUGGUGCAUCUUCAAGAACAUGUGUAAAAUUAGCAAUACUGAUUGCAAAAUAUUCUUUGGUACUUUAAAGCAGUAAAUACCAUCCUCAUGCAGUGGAAAUGUGUUUGUAAAAUGAUUAGUUUGGUUCUAAACCAUUCUUUGAGUUGUGUAAUGGAUGUUUUCUUCCCAAAACUGUUAAAAACUAUUUCCAUGGUUAAAAUGAGUUUUUACCAUCGGUUGUCAUCGUUGAUGCUUCGCUCUUAAAAUUUCCAAUAAAAUUUCAACGAGCCGUACUCCUUCCUCAGAAGGGCUACUUCUUCACCCAUUGUACUCCGAUUUUGUUUCUGUAUUUUCUUUUCUAUUGUUUGCUCAUUAUAAAAGAUGAUAGCAAUGAUCAUCUGUGGAUUAAAGCCUAUUUCAGUGCAGUUGAUAAUCCAUUUUCUGCCCAAACACCAUGUUAGAAUUGGCGGCAAAACUAUUUUCCAGUUAGCAAGCUGUUGAUUUUUUUGAUGUGCAAAAUGGCGCCUUUGCUAGGAAGAGAAAUGACUGAACGUUUGUUUCUUGCCCGUUUUACUCAAAUGUGUUCAGACCCUCUAUUCCAUGUGAGAAGGAUAUGUGCGUCUAACUUUGGUGAAAUAUGCACAGUUGUAGGAGGUGAAAGUACAGAGCAAAAUUUGCUAGAAAAGUUUGGUUCACUGUGUGAAGACAGUGUUUGGGGUGUAAGAAAAGGCUGUGCCGAGUCUUUUAUGCCAUUGGCAUCCAUAUGUUCAGUAGACGUACGAAGAAAUGUCCUUACCUCGUUAUUUGUCAGCUUACUCUGUGAUCAAUCUCGCUGGGUUCGGAUGUCAGCUUUUCAAGAAUUGGGUCCAUUUAUAUAUACAUUUUCCUCUCCCAAUAAUGACUCUGGUGUGUAUAUUAGUGAAGAUGGUAUGUUACAUGUGUCUGAAGAUGUUGCUGAGAGGAACCUUACUGAUGCUGAAAAAGAAGCUAAAAUUUGUUGUGAUAGAGCGAAUGAAACAAAACAGCCGUCGCCUUCUGUGGAAGUGGAUGAUGAACCAAAAGUAGAAACUGACAACAGUUCUUCUCAGACUUCAGAAUAUUCCCAGUCCUGUGAUAAAGCAUCUGUUGAAAUCUGUGAUAAACCUUCAAGUCCUGCUAAUAUUGUAGAUAUGCAGAUAGAUGCUGCAGAGCCAACAGCUGAAGCCUCUGAGUUAACUGAAAUCAGGCUUUAUACGGAAGAGAUUUCUAUCGAGGAGAAGAAGGCCAAGUCAAUCCUGUCCACAAUAGCUGCAUUAAAGAGUGAUGCCACUUGUACGAGCGAAGUAGAUCAGAGAGAGUUGAGUGCAGAAGCUACAAGCAGUGAACAACAACAACAACAACAACAACCAGAACCUAGUUCAGAAAUGAAUAUUCCUCCUCCUCCUCCUCCGCCUCCUCCUCAGACAUCUGAUCCAACGUCUUCCGAGGUCUUCAAUGCGUUUCAGUAUUGGAGGACUCCAUUGCCAGAUAUAGCAAACCUAGAGUUAGAUUUGGCUGCCAGUAAUAAUAGUAAAGAUGAUAGUAAUUCUGCAGAUAACUUGUAUGCUUCGAAACUAACACAUCAAGACCAAGAUAGCAAUUCAACUUGGUGGUCUGGGGACCUGCUAAGCAGUUUAGCUAAUAUGGAUCUUAGUAAAUUUUGGCAAGUUCCUUCAGACCUCCAAUGGGUGAACUCUGCUGCUGAGGUUGAACGUAGUGCUGCUCGAAUUAUUCACACGGCCAGUAUCAGCACUGUGUACAAUCCAUCCGAAACUGUUUCCAACAUUGGUAGCACCCAUUUGUUUGGUCAUCACGUGAACGAGUCUGCAAAAGCCAUGGGUGAUUGUUACAGCAGUGACUCAAGUUUACAUCAAAGUUACGAAGGUAACUCGGCUAAUGCUGACUAUCCUUGUGCAAGAAUAACAAAACUUUCAGCCCAGCAGGAAAUAGUGCCUCCCAGUUUGUUACAGAGAUUUCUUACAAUGGUUGACCCUGCCUUAUCACAGACUGUGGACUCUGAAAUCACACGUCAUUGUGCCUACAGUUUCCCUGCUGUUGCUUACACUCUUGGCCGACAUAACUGGCACUGCCUUAAGUCCCUCUUUGAAACCUUGGCUGCUGAUAUGCAAUGGAAGGUUCGACGAACUCUGGCAUUCUCCAUCCAUAAACUUGCUGUGAUUUUAGGAGAAGAUAUUACCCAUAAAGACCUGGUUCCUGUCUUUGAUGGUUUCCUUAAGGAUCUAGAUGAAGUUCGGAUUGGAGUUUUAAAGCAUCUGAUGGAAUUUCUUAAGUUAUUAAAGCCAUCUGUGAGAAAUGCAUAUUUACCAAAAUUUGAUAAUUUUCUUACAACUGAUAAUCAUAGAAAUUGGCGUUUCCGUUUAGAAUUAGCAGAACAAUGUGAACUUUUGUCUAGUCUAUUUCAAGCUGAAGAAAAUAGUACAUUUUUACUACCAAUUGCUCUUACUUUAUUAAGUGACAAAGUUGCUGAGGUCCGGUUAGCUGCUUGUGCUCUGGCCAGCACCUUACUGAAACAGUUGUACAACACCAAGGAGCAAUAUUACCAAAGAAUGGUCAAUGACUUAGUGGAAUGUUUUGCAACAUAUCCGAAUUGGGUGAAACGUCAAGUAUAUGCUCACCUUUGCUGGUCAAUUUUAGAAGAUAAUAGCAUUCCUCCAGAGCGUUUUGCUGUAGAUUUUCUUCCAAGUCUUCUCGACUUAGCAACAGAUAUCAUACCUAAUGUCAGAAUCACUUCAAGUAAAACUCUGUCUCAAUGUGUUCUUUCUGUAGAUUAUUUGGUUUCGCGUAAAAACCCACAUUAUGAACGACUAGUUGAAACCAUGCUUAAACUUCAGGUUGAUAAAGACAAGGAUGUGCGUUAUUUCUCAGCUUUGGCACCUAACAAAUUCCAAGAAGAUAGUCAUGAAGAAAAUACUUGCCAGGAUACGGUUCCUGUAUGAUAAAGCUGACAAACUGUACCAGCAGGGACCAAGAGCAGCAUCAACAAAACAAGAUAUCUAUAUCUAGCCCCAUCCCUCUCACUCCUUGCCCUGACUGCGACUAGCCCUCCAUCUGUGAUACUACGAGUCAACCCUAUGCAAUUGUAAUUAACUAACCUGUUCUUUAUCCAAGGGUUGAUGGAAACAUUUCUAGGGAGACUGAAAAAUUGCAGUUUUUAAUUUAUUCAUUGUAAAUGGCUCCAUUUUUUUUUCUGUUUUUAAAUCUUAGCUGAUGAUCCCUCCCUCCAUUUCUACAGGACCAAUUUCAAAAUCAGAGCCUAUUGAAAUAUUUAGUGGCAUUUUUAUUUUUCAUUUGGCUGCAUCAGUGAAUAGAAACAAUCUGACUGAAGAAUUGGAAGUGUGUGUGCAAACCUGUAUCUAUGCGUAUAUAGACACGCCCACACACAUACGAUGCAUUCUUAAAUGGCAGUCAUUUGUUUCAAUCUCCUAACUCAUUCUUACCAACUAAAUCUCCUUGUUGGGUCCAUUUAUAGUCCGUUUGGAAAAUUAUGAAUUUUUUGUUAUUUUGAACAAAUUAAGAGGAGAAAUAUAAUUUUUAGGGAGAUUUAUAUUAAUGACCGUAUUUUACUUUGUUUUUCCUCCCUGUCGAUUUAUUUUCCAUUUUUAUUGAAUGAAAUUUGUAGAUGAAACCUUUAUUUUUUAUGUUUUGUUCCCCACAUUUAAUUAAAAUAUAUCAAAAAUAAAAUUAUUAUUAUUAUUAUUAAUUGCCCAAAUUGCACAAACAACCUGCAUAAUGGUGGGAUUUCUUGUUUUUAAUUUUGUUGGCCCUAAAUCACUGGAACAUCCUUUCAAAAACUCCAUCUCUGUUUGGCUUCAACAGUAGUGGCAGCAGCAGUUGUGAAGAUUCCUCACCAUUUCGGUGACUUAUAAUAUUCCAUGCUCUGGAAUUUGUUUGAAAUUCUGAGAACAAUGUUUUUUUUUUUUUUUUUUUUUUUGGUGCAGUAAAAUAAUUGUUUCUGCUCCUUGUCUAAAACUUGUCCCCUUGGUUCAUCGAUUCCUCUAUAUUUCAACUUCAUCUAUUAAAUGAUCACAUCUUUGAUGUUUGCUUUUAAAGGGGUUCUUUAAAAUCCAACAUCCUUUUAAGCUUGCAGGUCUUUGAAUUGGUUUGCACCUGAAAUUCUAGUAGCCAUUAUACAUGUUUCUUAAAUUUAAUUCUUCAAACUGGGUUCAAAUUAUUGUUGUUAUAUUUGAAGUGGAUUUUAAAAUAACACAAUUUGUGAAUUUAUUAUAGCUUAAAAAAAAGAAAAAAUGGAACAAACAAAAAAAAAUGUCCCUUGCAGUUUGAUUGGACUCUCAGGAAAUAGAUUCAGUUUUGAGAAAAUAAGAGAAAAAACAAAAAGGUGCCUAAAUAAAAAGCACAUUGUUCCUGCGAGUGAGAUGUGGUCCCUGACCCCUAUCUAAGAAGGCUAAGUCCAUUAUAAGACAGCAGGGAAAAAGUGGUGGGGGUCAAGAAUGUUACACUGACCACCACCACUACCACCAUCAACACUAACAUAAUUAUUGUGAUUUCCAAUAGAGAAUUCUUGAACAGCUCCUUGGAUAUUCAGAGUGCAAUCACAGCCAGCUCGGCACUUUAUAGUUUUAUUCCAUUUGUUAAACCACGACACGGCAUUGUUGUCGAUGGAAUUUGGUUCAUCUUGUUGAUUGCUGAAAUGACAUUCUAACGGCUGUAAAUUUGUAGCUUUUUCUCUCACUCUCCCUCCUCCGCCUCCUUCUCUUCCUCAGUUGUAUUUAAAGUGUGUGUGUGGGUGGGUGGGUGUCUGGUUCAAUACUUCUUAACCAUUUCUACAUCACUGCUGCCACUGCUGGUUCUCAACAUAAACCCCAUCCACUGCUGACCUUUCUUUCUGCCCCACACCUCUCACCAUUUUGCUCUCUCUCUACCAGUCUAUUAUUGCUGGUACUGUUAUUAGCCACAUGCAAAUACCGGCUUUUGGCAGUACUUUCCUCAUGUCUAAUCAACCAGACCUUUUUUUUUUUCCCCCAAUUCCACCACCAAGCUUGUUGGUUCCAGACAAGAAGUAUGUAUAAAAGUGAAUGGUCCCAUCAAGUUUGUUGGUUCCAGACAUGUGUAUAAAAAAGGCCUGUGGUUUUUUCUACUGUCAAUUGGAGCCUUUUGUCUUUGAAUUGACGAUCCAAUAAAUUGUGAUACAAAUAAAUAUUAAUACAAAAGA